AACUAAAGGAAGUCCGCUCCAUUUAGACUCUGUCUGUGAGGUGGUUGGAGCUUCUUGAGAACUAAGCUGCAUCAAAUAUCAAUGGCCUUCUUCUUAGUUGUUCUCGCUUUCUUUUUUGGGCUGUGCAUCUUUAGUACUGCUUUAUUGAGAUGGAACCAAGUCAAGUAUAACAACAAAAACUUGCCCCCUGGUACUAUGGGUUGGCCACUUUUUGGUGAGACUACUGAGUUUCUUAAGCUUGGCCCUAGCUUUAUGAAAAACCAAAGAGCCAGAUUUGGGAGUUUUUUCAAAUCACAUAUACUUGGGUGUCCAACAAUAGUGUCAAUGGAUCCAGAGUUAAAUAGAUAUGUACUUGUGAACGAGGCAAAAGGACUGGUCCCAGGAUACCCACAGUCGAUGCUAGACAUUUUAGGAAAAUGCAAUAUUGCAGCUGUCAAUGGUUCGGCUCACAAGUACAUGAGGGGUGCAUUGUUAUCUCUAAUUAGCCCUACCAUGAUCAGAGACCAGCUUUUGCCUAAAAUUGAUGAGUUCAUGAGAUCCCACUUGAGCAAUUGGGAUAACAAAGUCAUUGAUAUUCAAGAAAAAACCAAUAAGAUGGCAUUUCUGUCAUCAUUGAAGCAAAUUGCUGGGAUUGAAUCUAGCUCUUUAGCUCAAGAAUUCAUGCCUGAAUUCUUCAAGCUUGUACUAGGCACUCUUUCACUGCCCAUCAACCUCCCCAACACGAACUAUCGUCGCGGAUUUCAGGCAAGGAAAAUUAUUGUGAGCCUACUGAGGACACUCAUAGAAGAGAGAAGAGCUUCAAAGCAAAUUCAACAUGAUAUGCUUGGUUACUUGAUGAAUGAAGAAGCAAAUAGAUACAAAUUAACAGAUGAUGAGAUGAUUGAUUUAAUCAUAACCCUCUUGUACUCUGGAUAUGAAACUGUUUCCACCACUUCUAUGAUGGCUGUCAAAUAUCUUCACGAUCAUCCAAAAGUUCUUGAAGAACUCAGAAAAGAACACAUGGCAAUUAGAGAAAAGAAAAAACCUGAGGAUCCUAUUGAUUACAACGAUUACAAGGCAAUGCGGUUCACACGAGCUGUGAUUUUAGAGACCUCCAGGUUAGCAACAAUAGUAAAUGGGGUUCUGAGAAAAACCACUCAAGAUAUGGAAAUAAAUGGAUACAUCAUUCCUAAAGGAUGGAGAAUAUACGUAUACACAAGGGAGGUGAAUUAUGAUCCAAGGAUUUAUCCUGAUCCAUAUACAUUCAAUCCAUGGAGAUGGCUGGGUAGGAACCUGGAGAACCAAAAUUCGUUCUUGAUAUUUGGAGGUGGUACUAGACAAUGUCCUGGAAAGGAACUUGGUGUAGCAGAAAUAUCUACAUUCCUUCAUUACUUCGUUACAAAGUACAGAUGGGAAGAAGUAGGAGGAGAUAAACUGAUGAAGUUUCCAAGAGUUGAAGCACCAAAUGGACUACGUAUUAGAGUUUCAACUUACUAACUACUAGUUCAUGAGUGUACAGAGAAAAGAAAAAAAUUCAAAAAAAAGAAAAAAAAAAGAAAGAGAU